AUGACGCUGUUCUGUCUAUGCCAAGGAAAAGACAAGAAGGGAGAGGACAGGAAAAGAGAAAAAGGCCGUACCGCCGGCGGACGCAGCAAAAAGCAGUCAAAGAAGGCAGAAAUCGCGUCCUCGAGCGCAACCCCUACCACGACGACUGCAACUACCACGACGACAACGGCGACAGCCACGCGUAGGAUCGAACCGCGGGGCGAGGCGUCCAUAUUGGCGCUUGCGCUGGCGGAGUCGCCAGAGGAAGAGGAGCGCGUUCUGCCAGACCUGCUCCGAGAAAUGCAGGAGGCGGAGAAGCAGGCCCGCCGGCUGAAGACGACUCUCAAGAGAAGCCCGCGGGCAAAGGGCCCAUCAUCAGGUGCUGCCGGCGCUGGCACAUAA